AUGUUAGAGUUACGAAUCGAAGGUUAUCUUUAUGAGCUCAUGAUAAGAUUCAUGAGGAAGAAAGGAAGAAAAAAAUUAAAAAUCAUACAACGGAUAAAAAUAGAAACAGGUAACAAGUUGCAAGCCAAUGGAGUGUUGGGGAUAAAUGUGAGUUCUCGAUGUGCCUUAAAAUUCCGUCAUAAGUCUUAUACUCUGGGGUUCUUCACAGUUUGA